UGGAGUUGUGGGAGAGAGCAGUAGCUCUGCGAGAAUUAAAAGCGGAGACUCGAUGGCGGAAGCCCCGGUAGGGCCCGGCCGGAUUCCGGGAGGCGAGGCCGAAGGGGAGGAGGUCUCGCUCGUGGUCAAGAGCCCCGCGCAGCGGCACCCCGACCUCCGACUGACCGCCCAGCGCUCGUGGAGCGUCCGUCGCCUCAAGGCUGAGCUCCGCCGCCGCCACCCGGACGCCCCGCCUGAAGACGUUCAGAGACUGAUUUAUUCUGGGAAAUUGUUACAGGACCAUCUUUACCUGCGAGAAGUGCUUGCCAAGCAGGAUAUGGUGCAUGCUCUCCACCUGGUGUGCAACUCGAAACUGCAAGAAACUGACGUGAAGGUUGUUGAAGCCAAGAAUCAGCCAGCAGCCUUUAGCCAAGACCCGCCUUUGCUUCCUUCAGUUCAUGCUUUGAGUCAGACGGACAUCCUCAGCAGCCAGCCCCUUGCAACAGAGAAUGAUGGCAAUAGAUCUGCACCAGCGCAGCACUCCUUUCAAGGCUAUUCAUCCUAUACAACAUACCGCAUGCUGCAGUUCUGGUUCCAUCAGUUUUAUGCAAGACAAUACUACAUGCAAUACAUGGCUGCCAGUGCUGUUUCUGGUGACGUAUCCUCUACACGAAGUACACAGGAGAUCCCAGUUGCAGCCCCGGUUGCGGCCCCAGCUCCUCUUUCUGGUCCUUUUCCUGCUGAAAACCAGGCCGGAAAUCAAAACGUUCCCCCUCAGGUAAACCCAGGGGUGAACCAGAACCUUCGCAUGAAUGCCCAGGGAGGGGCUUUGAUGGAAGAAGAAGAAGAAGGUGGCAAUCGGGAUUGGCUGGACUGGCUCUACUCGGCAACCCUCUUCUACGUCUUCAUCAACAUUGUGUAUUUCUACUCCAGUAUGAGCAGGCUUCUCAUGGUGAUGGUGGGCACCCUGCUGAUGUACCUGCACCAGGUUGGAUGGUUUCCUUUCAGGCGGAGGCCAGCUCAGCCUGCUGAGAACAACAUUCCUCUCCAAGCAGCUGUUAACCAAGACCAAAACAAUAAUUUACAGGAGGAAAAUGCAGGGGGUCGGGGUGAAAUGGAGGCACCUGACACCACACCAGAGAGUCAGCCAGCACCGUCUUCGUUCAUGAGCACUGCCUGGCUUUUCUUCAAGACUUUCUUUGCCUCCCUCCUGCCUGAGGGACCCCCAGCUGUGGCCAACUAGCUGGCUGCUUAGCCACACAAAUAGCCAGUAAACUGCAGCUGUCCUCUUGCUGUGAGACCUUUGGCUGACCAAGGACUGGACUGGACACCAGUUUGAAAGCUGGAAGUGGCCUGGUACCAAUGGACGAAAAGGAAUUAGUCUGCUUUCAGAAGCGAAAGACAAGAGAUUGCAGCAGCCAUAAGACCAAAGUACAAAGGUAGUCCAGAGUGCCAGUGAACUGUAUGGGAAACAUUGAGUGAAGGCCUACAGCAGUGUGCAGUUCUGUACUGAAUGCAAGUAAGGCUGUUGAUGGACCAAGAGCGAGAGAAGCACAUUGCUUCUGCUGGUGUAACUUGAUUCCUGUUGGAAUGUAUCUCAUGCUUUAAUUACACUGAGUGUAGUAUCUUGCGCAACCAGUGAAUUGCUAGAUAUGUAUUAUAAGAGUUUUACAGGAAAGAUUUAUGCCAAAAAUAACUAAAAGCUAUGCUUGCACUCAAUAAAUGUAGGGAGCUGUUUGCAUAAAUAGCUUCCUACUGAAGAUUCAGUUGAGCCUUUUAUACUAAACAGUAUAGCAAGAGCAACCGGCCGACAUGUACAGGUUUCAUGUCAAGAACUAUCACCCAGUUUUAUCAGUUGGAGUGAUCAUGUAGAUCCAAACAUUCUUUCCCUGGAUAAAAUCUUCCAGGCUGCUUUCUGUUAGGGCUUCUGAUAUGCAUCUAAUCAAAAAUAUUGUCAGCUGUUUUUGUCACCACCUUACAAACUCAAGAUAUCUGCAAACUAGAGUCUUUUGCAAGCAAGGCUUAGAAAGACGAUGGCCCAUCUGUUUGUCUGUUCCUGCUGGGUCCUUAGUUGAAUUUCAGCAGUGGAAUAUUUCUCUGCAUUCUGUUUUUUGUGCAUUGUAUUAAAUGGUUUGUUUUUUUAAAAAAAAGUCUUCCAGAACAGUUCCCUAAAACAUGCAUUAUGUUACUAGCUUAAUUUCUAGUGGUUUGUGUUUAAAAAUAAGCAUGCAACUAUGCAAGUAUGAGGAAGACCCGGGAAAGGAAAUGAUUAGGUAUUGAAAAUGUCAUGAUCACAUUUUAAAGCUUGUGCUUUUAAAGGGUAAAUUGCUUAAGAGCAGUAUAUUUUGUGCCUUUGGGAUCUGGAGAUGUUUUUCCUUUGCUCCUUAUACUUUAGGAGGCAUUCCUGAUACCUCCAUUUCUGUUAAUCCUUGGCUUGCAUCUCCUAGAACUUAAUGAAUUUGCAUUGAGAAUCUUUUCAGCUCAGGGAUAAUUUUUCUUGGAUUAUCUUAACACACAGGGCCAUUGUCCUGCGUAUAUAUUGUGAAAAUCAAAUGAUGCUGAAUUUAUAUUUUCACUAUUGCAGAUUGUAAGCCUUCAGUUCAUAUCAACCUCAUCUGUACAGCUGACCACUUUCUCUUGUAUAAUAUCUGUUGAACAAAGUUUAACAUGCGAUGACUUAAUUUUAUUAAACUUGGAUAUUGCUGUCUAGCCGUUCAUUUGUCGGUCACUGCACAGCUAAACUGUACAAGAAACACUGUCCAGUCAGGCAUUAAGGAUAAAUGGUACAAUUGAGUGGAUGAGAAUCUGAACUCUUCUAUUCCUUUCCCUGUACUUUUCAUAACCUGGCUCGAUUAUCUGGCAGUCUGUUCCAACUUUACUCCAGGUCUGCGAUGCUGAAGGCUGUCAUCAGUACUUCAUCCUAAGAUGAAUAAGACAAGAGGAGCCCUGCUGGAUCACACUCUAGCAUUACUCUCUGGGCAGUGCUGCCGGCAAGGCUGUUGAGAACUGUGCUGCUAGGGUGACAAAAGCUCCUGUCUUUCACUUAUAAGGAUAGAGAAAACACAAGUCUCUGGGAAACAACUGAGGAAAUAAAGUGCAUGUUGUACAUACAAGCAAACCCUCAAUCAGUAGUGGCGAACUGCGGGAGAUAUUUUGUGGGGUGCAGCCAUGAAAUUCGCUACUUGCCUUGGGAAGGUAGUGGCUACAGGCAAGUAGCUAUGCGGCAAAAUCUUCCACUGUUCCUCCUUUGCCCCCUCCCCAAGUUGGUACGGUCUAUGCAGCAGUAGGUACAUUUGCAGCUGAAGUUCCCUGGAUGGUGGAAUCUGCAGGGGUGUGGGUUUCCAGCUGCUUUCUAGCCUGCUCACAGUAAACAGAUGGUGACCCUUUGCAACAAAAGUGUUUUGCAUCAAAAUUGAGAAAUAAACAUACAAAUAAUUAUAAUGGAGCAUUUCAUUUUCAAAACGCAGCCUGAGUCUGCAGUUGAAGAAAACUAUCAAAAUGAAAAGGCAGCUUCUGAUUUUUGGGGUGUCCUGAAUUUUGUUGGUGUAUUUCUUGUGGGAAUUUUCUGCUCAGGUAUAAAUAUAACUUGGCCAGCCUUGGCAACCCUAGCAGCUGGACUUGGUUGAGGUGAUGCCAUUUGCUCAUUACACUUCAGGCUGCAAGGAGCUUGGGCAGGGUAGCUGUGUCUGAGUCAAAAGCACAGGCGUUUACAGUAUUCUGAAGACUUCUCAGACUCGUGAUUGACUGACCACAAGGUGGCAGAUUGAGUAAAGAGCUGAAAGCUGCUGCUCUCCUUGCCUUCAAGUAAUUAAGGGUUGUGAAAAGUUUCACCCUCAUUUUACCUCCCCUUUUUGGGCAAGGUCCUUGAGCGUGUGCUCAUGGCCAGAUUCAGGCUCUUGGAUAAAACUGAUUUCCUAGAUCCCUGGAGAUGACUGGAGUCAUCUGGCCCUAGCCUUGCAUUUAGAUCACCCACCAACAGGACCUUUAAAAGUUUUCAUGGAUGGUGCUUGGGGUGGCUGAAAAGCAGAUGGAGGCCACAUGAAGAGAGAGGGCACUUUCCUUCUUUGGAUAAAAGGUAAGGACUUUAUGUGCCAUCCUUUGGGCCUGCUGGCAUGGCUCUCCAAAUCUUGGACAGAUAAGAAUGCAGCAUCCACAUUCUGAGGUGGUGGUGAUCUCUUGCCUUCUUCAUCCCCACUCAAGGGGACUUGCUUCUCUUGCUUCCGGCCUGCUGGCCUUCUGCACCCCCACUCAGGAGGCUUCUUCACUUACUUUUAGGCCCAGUGACUUCCUGCAUCCCCACCCAAGGGUGCUUUCUCCCCUUGCUUCUAUGAGCACUUUCCUUCUGGAUCCUAGCCCAGGACGUGUAAUUUCUUGCUACUAUAUUGAUUACUGGAAGGACUAAUAAUGGAAACAAUUUACUUUCAGUAAAGAUUUGAGGAACAGAGAUGAUGGGUGGCUGGAAGGGCAGAUGGGCACCUCUUAUACCACAGUUGAAAAAGGUAAGUCUAUUUUCCUACUCCCAGAUCCACUGGUCUCCUGUACCCCCUCUGACAUGGGUCUCUUCCCUUCCUUACAUUCCCACCAGCCUUCUGGAUCCCAGUCCAGGAAGUUUCAUUUCUUGCUGCUACUUUGAUUUUUCUUCUAUGGGCUAGAAAGUUUCUCUUCCCGCCCCUUCUCUCUGUGAAGUCUACAUCACAGGAUUGUGGGGAGCAUAAAAGUGUGGGAAGCAACAUUAAACAAGCAAACUACCCUGAGCUCAUGGUAGAAGGGUGAAGUCUAAAUAGGAGUGAGUAGAGGAAAAGAAAUAGUUGUAUGACAUUACUGGGCUCACUGAAGAAGAAACCCAAGGAAGCUGGUAUUAGGAUAUGUUAUAUAAAGCGAUGGGACACAGGUGGCGCUGUGGGUUAAACCACAGAGCCUAGGGCUUGCUGAUCAGAAGGUCGGCGGUUCGAAUCCCUGCAAUGGGGUGAGCUCCUGAUGCUUGGUCCCAGCUCCUGCCAACC